UGUCAGGCCUUCUCAGUGCUACGUGAUCGUGAUGAUGUUUCGAAUUUAGUGGAACUUCCUAGCCUUGAGUUGGAAUUAAUUAUAAACCUACAGAAAACUAACAAUUAAGAACAUGAAUGGACAACAGUUGACCAAUUCAAGCAAUUCAGCCAAUGGAACACCAUCUAGCAGUUACCCAGCUAGUUUGUCCUCUCAGUCGUCCAGGGACCCCUCGCCAGCCACGCAUGCACGUAAGCCUUUCACGGAGCCUUACAACCAUGUGAUUGCACCUCAACCUAACCACUGGCCCAAGGACAAGGCUGGGCAGGUUGUACACAGCACACCCUUCUCCAGUCCUACGCCUCCUCCGCUCGGUAGUCAGGGAUCUGGAGACCAGGGAAUGCAACCUGUAAUGCAAACACCGGGAAACCUUCCUAACCCUACCUCAAGGCCAUUCUCCUCCCCUCAACCCCCCUCUAGUCAGUCUGUCGCUAGGUUCCCUUCCUCUCACCAACCCAACAACAUGUCCAGUCAGAUACCUUCACCCAGGCCACCUCCACACCCCAGCUAUCCUGGUGGCCAACCACAGGCUGCUGCACCUCUUCAGCCCCCUUCCAAUCCCAGUAGUCAGGCUCCAUUGCCAAGUCAGUUUCAAAAACUUCCCCAAAGCCCUUUCCAACCUCCGCCAAACCAGUUCCAACAAAUCACAAGACAGCCCUCUCCUCAACCAUCACCGUUUUCUAACCAAACUCCAAAUCCCAAUGUAAAUCAGUUUAGUCAGCCAUCGGGCCCGAAUCAGUUCACUCAACAGUCUAAUCAACAUCCCAAACCACAAAUUCAAACGGCUCAACCUUCUAGUCACCCCGCCCAACUAAAUCAAAUCCCUCAAACUCUGAAUCAACUUUCUCAGCCAUCUAGUAAGCUUCCCCAACCUCCCAGUCAAGUUUCUCAACCUUCUAGCCAAAUUCCUCAACAAAAUAGCCAAUUUUCUCAACCUAACAUUCCUCAACAGAAUAAACAAUCCCAACCACCUAACCCAAUUUCCCAACAACCCAGUCAAUCUACCCAACCAUCUAAUAAAUAUCCCCAACCACCUAAUAUAAUUCCUCAACAACCUAACCAAAUUUCCCAGCAACCCAAUCAGUUUUCUCAACCACCUAAUAAAUAUCCCCAACCACCAAAUAAAUAUCCCCAACCACCAAAUAAAUAUCCCCAACCACCUAAUCCAAUUUCCCAACAACCUCAGCCAAUUUCCCAGCAACCCAAUCAAUUUUCCCAACCACCUAAUCAGUACCCUCAACCCACGAAUCAAUUUUCCCAAUUGCCUAACCAAUUUUCUCAACCACCUAAUCAGUUCGGCCAGCAACCUCCUAACCCUCCACAGUACCAAUACAAUAACGUCAACUCCACUACCCAACCACAAUAUGCUGCCAGCGGGUAUCCUCAACAACCUCAGCAGAUUGGAAACCAGUACAAUAAGCGGUAUCCACAAAUGCCUGGCACCUAUCAACAGCCUGGCCCUGUAGAUGGGCUGACAUCUCAGUUGAACACUAUGUCUGUACAGCAGGGCUUCAACAAGCUUUGGGGUAUGGACACCGUGGACCUACUGAAGUGCCGAGAUCUGCUGCCCAAAGAGAAAAUAGAUCCACCCGCUGUACGAUUGCAGCACGAACUGUACGAGGCAGCGAACUGUAGCCCAGAAAUCUUCAGGUGUACUCUUACCAAAAUACCAGAAACCAAAUCGUUGUUAGAUAAAUCAAGACUGCCUUUAGGAGUCCUUAUUCACCCGUUUAAGGAUUUGAACGAAUGUCCUGCAGAGGUGGAGGGAGCCAAUUAUUAUGAACCCCCACAACGGCCAAAAAAUAUCAAGCAACUCUCUGUGAUCCAGUGUACAGUCAUAGUAAGAUGUCGAAUGUGCCGUACAUACAUCAACCCGUUUGUCUACUUUGUCGACAAUAAACGUUGGAAGUGCAACUUGUGCUUUAGAGUUAACGAAUUACCCGAUGAGUUUCAAUUUGAUCCAAUGACCAAGACGUACGGAGAUCCAUCAAGGAGGCCAGAGAUAAAAUCUGCAACGAUAGAAUUUAUUGCUCCUUCUGAAUACAUGGUGCGACCACCGCAGCCGGCAAUCUACGUGUUCGUGCUGGAUGUGUCGCGACUGGCGUGUGAGAGUGGCUACCUCAAAAUUGUGUGUGCUACUCUGCGGAGCGAGCUAGAAAACAUCCCUGGCGACGCUCGCACCUCCGUGGCCUUCAUCACCUUUGACUCUGCCGUCCACUUCUACUGCCUCAUGGACGGACAAGCUCAGCCUCAUGAGAUGGUCGUUGUCGACAUUGACGACAUGUUUCUGCCACUGCCAGAGAACCUGCUAGUGAACCUACACGAGUGCCAGGAUCUUAUUAAAGACCUGCUGUUAGAGUUGCCGCAGAAGUACGCCGAGUCCUACGACACACACUCUGCUCUAGGAGCUGCCUUACAGGCUGCCUACAAGCUGUUGUCGCCGACGGGUGGACGGGUGACGGUAUUCCAAUCGUGCCUCCCCAACAUUGGACCCGGCGCACUGACAGCGAGGGAAGACCCGGCCCAGAGAGCGGGUGACAACCCUCCCCACCUCAAUCCUGCCACUGACUUCUACAAGAAACUGGCUCUGGACUGCUCAGGUCAACAGAUAGCUGUGGAUCUGUUCCUGGUCAACAGCCAAUAUCUGGACCUGGCUACAUUGUCUGGAGUGUCCAGAUUCUCAGGAGGCUGCAUGUUCCAUAUUCCUCUGUUCCGCUCAAACAAUCCUUUACUGAUAAUCACAUUGGAGAGGAUGUUCCAGAGAUACCUCACUAGGAAGAUAGGGUUCGAGUCUGUCAUGAGGCUUAGGUGUACCAGAGGCCUUUCAAUCCAUACAUUCCAUGGUAACUUCUUCGUACGGUCGACAGACUUGUUGUCUUUACCCAACGCUAGUCCAGACGCUGGGUUUGGCAUGCAGGUGUCCAUUGAUGAGAACCUCACGGAGGUUCAAAACGUGUGCUUCCAGGCCGCUUUACUCUACACCUCUAGCAAAGGUGAGAGGAGGAUACGAGUCCACACUUUGUGCCUUCCUGUUGCGUCAAACCUGGCAGACAUCAUGCAUGGAGCGGACCAACAGUGUAUAGCUGGGCUUCUGGCUAAAAUGGCCGUAGACAGAGCCAUACAGAGCUCACUGUCAGAUGCCAGGGAAGCGUUUGUCAACGUAGUGGCUGAUGUUCUCUCCGCCUACAAGCUGACACAGUCUGGCAGUUCUGCAGGCUGUGUGUUGGCUCCCUCGUCUCUCAGACUGCUGCCUCUCUACAUUCUGGCGCUGCUCAAACAUGUUGCAUUCCGGAUAGGUCAGAGCACGAGGCUGGAUGACAGAGUGUUUGCCAUGUGUCAGAUGAAGAGUUUACCUCUGUGUUAUCUGAUACAGUCCAUCUACCCAGACCUGUACCCGUUACACAACAUUGAGCUUCAGCCGGAGAUGGAGGUGUUCGAGAGGAGGGUUCACGCGCCACCUCGAUUACAGCUGUCUGCAGAGAGGAUAGACUCCCAAGGCAUGUUCCUGAUGGAUGAUGGAACCACGCUGAUGCUCUACAUUGGACACAACCUGGACCCUGCGUUGUGUCAGGCGGUGUUCAACGUUCCUCACUUCUCUGCCAUUCAGGAACUGGAUUAUCUCCCUGAGCUAGACAACCCUACGUCGGAAGCAGUGAGAGGUUUUGUGUCAUACCUACAGAAUGAUAAACCAUAUCUUAUACCACUUCAAGUCAUAAGGGACGACAGCCAUCACCGUAUGAGGUUCUUGGAGAAAUUGAUUGAAGAUAAGAACGAGUCUGGCACUUCGUAUUACGAGUUUCUACAACGAGUCAAAAACCUGAUCAAAUAAUAACAAGGACACAUCCUGGUGAUCUGUGUCAAGUUCCUUUAGUAGUCUUACGUUUUAUUUGUUGCCAAUAUUUUUUACUGUACAUACACAUAUGUAUGUUAGGUUUUGAUAACGCGAGUUGUAAAUUGUUUUAUUUAUACAUAUUCCCGUUGUUACUGUACAUUAUACCUGUAUAUAACGAGUGUAGGUCUGCUCAGUAUUUUUAAGCAGCUCUUCGCUCAAAGUGUGUCUUGGAUUGAAAAUCAAGUUAGGAUUAUUCUUCUGCAAGAGGGUGCUGUAUAUUGACUUGUACAAAGCUAUUAUGUAUCAUGUUUUAAUUGUAUGCAUCUUGUAAACUACAUAGAUUAUAUAAAGUAUAGAUAAUUUAUAAAUAAAAUCAUACAUUGUUU